CCGCUAGUUUUGGCUAUAUCACCGGUCAGACGAGCCUUCUUUAACUUUUAUUAUUAUCCACUACAAUGACUGGACAACUGACGGGCCGCUGUCGCAGAUGAUACAUUGAUGUCCUUGUUUUGUGCCUGUGGCUAACGCGAAAGUCAACCGUAAAGUCAGUCCUAAGACAGUCGCCUCGACCUUUCCAGUGAGUGCGCCUGACAGAAAAGGACUUCCCACCCCGAGUCUGCCAGCGCUGGCUGAUGUCUAUUACCCAUCCAUGAACAGUUAAUCGGAGAACGUAGCACUGUUUCCAAAGUUUACUCUGACUUCUAACGUUUUCAGCCGCUUGAGCAUUCACACUGCUUACCUAGUGUUAAGCAAGUAUCCGUGGUAAUUUAGAACUCCACGCGUCGCUAUAAUUUACAGCCAGUCCGUGAAAAGUGGUAAUAGAAGAAAAUUCCUUGGCUGGAGUUUCGGUAAGGCUAUUAGCCAGCGUAUUGGAUACAAGAGGAUUGCUAAUAUUUGGUGUUGCCGCUGCUGGUGCUGGCAGUCGGCUGUGUACAGCAUUGCCUGGGAGAUAUACCCGUGUAAACUAUCUCCAUGUCGACCCUGCGUUCUGUGACCAGAAGCUGGAAAGACCUGAACUGUAACACAGAGACAGAGAUCUCAGAACACAGGAGGGCUGCCCGCAAUGGCACGAACAGGGAGGCGACAUCACACAUCUCAUCAACACCUCAAGCAGGCGGCAAAGUUGCGUCUAACACCAACAGUAACAUAUUGAGUGGAUCUCGAGGAACAGCUUUGGCCCGCACGUCUUCGUCCCCCAGCAUGGCCAGUUUACAGGAACUGCAGAAACUGCUUCGGCAGAAGGAUGACAGGAUUUGGGAAAUGCAAAGACUUUUGGAUGAAAAGGACGCUAAAAUUGAACAGCUGAAAAGUCAGUUACACAAGUAUCAGUCGAUCCUGCCCCAGACAGGCACCCCUUUCUCGGGAGGACGGCGGAAGCAGAGGGCUCAGGGUAUAUCAGCCGAACCCCAGUCACAUCUGUCAUACCAGGAAUUGUCCAAGCAAGUUUUCAGAAAAUAUUCCAAAUCACCAAGCUCCCGGGAACUUAUAAAAACGGCCAUAUUAGACAACGACUUUAUGAAGAACCUGGAGCCGUCUCAGAUCCGUGAGAUUGUGGACUGCAUGUACCCAGUGGAGUACUGUAAAGAUGCUGUUAUCAUCAAGGAGGGAGAUGUCGGCUCCCUCGUCUAUGUCAUGGAAGAGGGAAAGGUGGAAGUCACCAAAGAGCGUCAGAAAUUAUGCACCAUGGCACCAGCAAAAGUGUUUGGAGAAUUGGCUAUUCUCUACAACUGUACUAGGACUGCAACGGUUCGAGCACUGACGAACUGUAAGUUGUGGGCCAUCGACCGACCAUGUUUCCAGAGUAUCAUGAUGAGGACUUGCUUAAUGAGACAGACAGAGCAUAUGGACUUCCUCAGGAGCGUUCCUACUUUUAAAGGACUUCCAGAAGAAAACUCUGAGCAAACUGGCGACGUAUUAGAGGAGGCCCAUUAUGCUGACAAGGAAUACAUCGUUCGCCAGAGAGCUGUUGGGGAUACCUUCUUUAUUAUCGCCAGUGGCAAGGUAAACGUUACUAAACGCAGUUCUGGGGAUUCGUGUGAAAUCGUUCUACACAGUCUCCAUCGAGGUGAUUUCUUUGGAGAAAAAGCAUUACAAGGGGAGGAUGUACGUAACGCUAACAUCGUGGUUGAUGACCCUGAUGGGGUAGAUUGUCUAAUCAUAGAUAGAGAGUCCUAUUCCACUCUUAUCAGUAACAUAGACCAGCUCCAGCGUGUUUACCAGGAAGAGGAAUACAGAGAGAAUGUUGAUGCCGAAUUUGCCAAGUUGAAAUUAACGGACAUCAGUAUUAUUGCAACCUUAGGCAUUGGAGGGUUUGGGAGAGUGGAACUGGUUCAAAUCUGCGAUGAUGAGUCCAGAACGUUUGCUCUAAAGCAGUUGAAGAAACAUCAUAUCGUUGAGACUCGCCAACAGGAGCAUAUCAUGAACGAAAAAUUCAUCAUGGAAGAAGCAAGAUGUGAUUUCAUUGUUCGGUUAUACCGGACCUUCAAAGACAGAAAAUAUCUAUACAUGCUGCUGGAAGUCUGCUUGGGCGGGGAGCUCUGGACAUUACUACGUGAUAAAGGAUCGUUUGACGAUUCUACCACACGGUUCUACACUUCGUGUGUAGUAGAGGCAUUUUCUUACCUCCAUAAUAAAGGCAUUGUGUAUAGAGAUCUCAAACCGGAAAACCUCCUCCUAGACAACAGGGGUUACGUCAAAUUGGUCGACUUUGGCUUUGCAAAAAAGAUUGGCCACGGGAAGAAGACGUGGACAUUUUGCGGCACCCCAGAGUACGUGGCCCCGGAGAUUAUCUUGAAUAAGGGACAUGACAUAUCCGCAGAUUACUGGUCCCUUGGAAUUCUGAUGUUUGAAUUGCUCACUGGGAGUCCACCGUUUACUGGUCCGGACCCAAUGAAGACAUACAACGUGAUCUUGAAGGGAAUCGAUGCUAUAGACUUUCCGAGGAAGGUGUCCAAGAAUGCCCAAAAUCUAAUCAAGAAGCUGUGCAGGGACAAUCCAACAGAGCGUCUGGGCUACGGAAGAGGAGGAAUAAAAGACAUUACCAAACACAAAUGGUUCGAAGGAUUUAACUGGGAUGGUCUUCGGAAACGAAACCUGACUCCUCCAGUUGUUCCAAAUGUCCGUGGUCCAGAUGACACCUCAAACUUUGACGACUAUCCAGAAGAAGACGAAGCUCUGCCGCCAGAUGACCUCACGGGCUGGGACAAAAACUUCUGAUGCAAAUGCCUUUCAUUAGUCAUUAUACAGAUGCUAUAAAUCUACUGAUCUUCCAGCUGGUUUGGAAGUUUGUUCCGCAAUUCCAACUUAGCUGGUCUAAGGCCAGUGCUGUGUUCUUACUGACAUCAUAAGCUGGCAUUUGUGAUGUUUGUCCAGCUAGUGUGAUGGUGCUCAGCAAGUGCCUUAGCAGAUCGAGCGGACAUAUCGGCGAUGUGAUGGUAGAGAUGUCUGGUAAUCAGUAACAUUAUCCUGAGAGACAGUAGCUCAGACAGAACCGUGUAUAAAUGUAGCAUACUUUCGUCCUAUCUAAUGAUUAUUUAGACAAGAAAUUAAUGCGAAAGUACGAAACAACGAAUGGACGAGGCAGAAAUGCCAGGGAAAACUACGAAAGGACGGAACAGAAGUUGGAAAGUGCGAAGCAAAACCAAGAGGUUUUUCCACCGUUCACUUUUGUACUUUGCUCUCGCCUUUUCAUACUUUUCUUUCGUCAUAGAACACACGAAAGAGCGAAACAACGAAAGGACGAGGUUCCACAAAACCUUGCUCUUUCGUGCUCUUGCCUUCCGCUUUUAAGUCGUUAUGAGUGUAGGAGGAACCGAAAGGCAAAAGAUCGAAAGGACGAGCCUCCAUCAAACCUCGCCUUCCGUUUUUAAAUCGCUGUGCGCAUGACGACUUGUAAGGUAAAAGGCCGAAAGGACGAGACUUAGUACUUUCGUACUUUUGCUUUUCGGUUUGCCAUGCACGCAGCGAUUUAAAAGCGGAAUGCAAAAGUACAAGGGAGAGAUGUUUGGUGAAUCGGCGUCCUUUCGUGGUUUCCAUCUUUCGUAUGCUUUCUAUGAAUAAAAACUCGAAAUAAAAGCACGAAAGGGCGAGGCAAAACAACAAAAGCGUGAGGUGGUAAGACCUUGUUUUGUUUCGCACUUUCGUACUGUUGUUUCGUCCUUUCGUAGAUUUGUUUCGUUCUUUUGUCUCACCCUGUCGUUGUUUUGUCCUUUCGUAUUUUUUCUUCUGGACUAAUUAAUCAGUAUAUAGAAGGGACAAAUGCACACAUGGUCGCUAUUGGCUUCCAUAUUUUUAGCGAUCUGGAACUGCUCAUUGUGCCUGGGAUAAGAUAAUUUCUUUAGCCGAUUACUUCAACAUGUAUAUAAACAUGGAAGUCUUGUUGUGCGAAUUCAGAUACGCAUGCAUAUAGCACCAAGGAAAAUCGCGGAAUCAAAAAUUGCAGUCUUCCUAUAUAACUGUAUAUUUUGUCAAUAAGGAAGAUGCAUAAUAAUACUAGUAAUAAUAUUAGGAACAUUGGUCACAUAUAUCAGGCGAUUGUUAUAUAUCACGGUGAUGCAGAUCUACCUGAUUUCAGCUAUGUAUAUGUAUGAUAUCCCUCCACAGUUUGUAGAUCUUCGUGUCUCAUGAUAUAUCUCUUGACAAAGUACGAUAAUGUAUCGAUAUAUCGUUUCAGACAUGAUGAUGGCAACUACAUGAAUGAUAAUAUAUUUAUCAUUUCAAAUAUUAUUGCUUUCUUCGGUCUCUCAUUUCUAAAAAAUCUGUGGAGCUUAUAAUAAUUGGAUCUCUGUGAUUUAUAAACCUUUAUUAUUCGUGCUUUUACUCGCCUGGCAUUUUAUGAUCGCGUGUAGGAUAACGCUGAUCUCGGUCAGAUGGGUAGGCCUAUAUUAUGGUAACACCCGUAGUCUUAUCAAUGUAUAAUGUAAUAUUUAGUCAUACUCGCCUAGAAAAGAUUUAUCCCAUUUGUGUGAAGUGUUUCAGACGGUUUGCCUGAAUUGUUAUGCAAUAGUAUACAAAUAGCAUCCCACAAAAAGCACUUGGUUUUCCCUAGGUCAAUAUAGUUGUUUAUUCGUGUCGUUCCGCGCAUUAGAAUCAUUUCUGAUUACCAUUUUGUAACUGUCCAUGCACCGGAUGAUAUGUUCCAAGGUUAAGACAUUGUAACAAUGUGUGGUAAAUGAAGUUAAGGUAGCUUUAUUUGAUUCGGCCAACAAAUUGUCCCCAAGUGAAGUUUUUGCUUGUUUCAGUGCUGCUCCAAAAGCACAGUUUGUAUAAUGUUUCUUGAUUUGGAGCUUUUACACUUAGUUCGUUUAAUUGUAUUUGUGCAGGUAUCUGGUGUCCUAAAGUAUACUGAAGACUGUCGUUUACACGACUCGUCGUCUCUUACCCACGCGUCUCAGGGAUCUGCUUGAAUUUGUUGCUAUUUUCCCGGUGUCCAGUGGCCUUAUAUAAAACUCACAAAUCUCGGAUGGUUUUAAUCCAUGUAUUUGAUUCCCACUUUAUCACGUAUAGGGUCAUCAAAUACGUUUCCUGCACAUCGUGAGCAAACUUUAGAUCUAUGUAUUCCGUAGAUUCCAAGCGUCAUAAAAUGUUAGAAGUUCUGUGAGGAUGUAGGACAUUGUAUUUACUUCAAGCAUAGAUGGUCCUUUGCAAUUUGAAUGGGGUGUGUUCAUGGAUGAUUUGUUAUUGUGUAGUGUAAAUUUUAGACGAUCCUUUUGAUAAAAUCAAAAAUAAACAAUACAUAUAGUUAUAUUUUUGUGACAUUGAUAUUAUAAAUUAGUUAUGAACUAACGUCAGUAAGUUAUGUUGUAGGGAAAUCAUUUACAUAUUCAUGUUUUACACAAUGGUUGCAUUAUGACAUCAAAGCGGAAAGACAUGUAGGUUGUAUAUAUAUUUUCUAACAUAGAUCGUUAUGUUAACUUCUAUUACGAAAUAUUGUAAUAA